AUGAGCGCGUCACCCGAACCGGACCCGACUGUUCUUACCGUUGAGCAGCGAUGUGCUUCGUCCACCGCAGAACAGCCUACGAAGGAAGAGCCCGCUUCGCCAGUGGCGCAGGACUCGUCCAUGCUGGACGUUGUGGUGCCGCAAUUGUUGCAACAGGGCGUGCCGAUGCUCAAAGUCUCGGCGAAGAAGCAGAAACGGUACAUCUUCAAGCUCGAUCCGGACCAGGGCCAGAUCGUUUGGGAAUCAAAGAAACACAGGAUCAUCCCUAUUGAGAACAUAAAGGAGCUUCGAGAAGGCGCCGACGCGCGCUACUAUCGCGAGCAGUUUCAGCUAUCGCCGUCGUUCGAGGACCGGUGGCUCACGAUUGUCUACGUGCUCGAUGGGAGGUACAAGACGCUGCAUUUAAUUGCAGGCACGCGUGACGUCUUUCAAAUGUGGGACAUCACCCUGCGCCGGCUCUAUGCCAUCAGGCAGAAAUUGAUGAGCGGCCUCGGCCACGCCGACAUUCGUCAGGCUGUCUGGGAGAAGCAGUUUUGGCGCAGUGCAGCUGGCGAGGUUGCUGAAGGUGCAGACAAUAAACUUGACUUUGAGGAAGUCGAGCGCAUGUGCAGGCGACUGAAUAUCAGCCCAUCGAGAGAGGACUUGAUGAUACGCUUCAAGCAAGCCGACACCCACAACAGAGGAUAUCUUGAUUUUUCCGACUUUCAGCGCUUCGUGAAGGCACUGAAGGCGCGUCCAGAGGUCGAUAGUCUCUACUGGAGGCUAGCAUCGGACGGUGGAGGUGCGAUCACCUUCGAAGCCUUCGAGCGAUUCAUGCGUACCUCGCAGAAGUUUGAUCAAAGCGAGGCGGAGCUACAACGCAUAUUCCUCCGUUACGCCUCGUCUUCAUUUACAGUAGGAUAUUCUUCCGCACCUUCAUCUCCGCAGCAGGAUAUACUCGAUCUUGGCGUGCAGUCUUCGUCUCAGACAGAGAUCAACGCACUUUCGACGACAUCACCAGAAGCCGACGGAUAUUCGCCUCCCUCCUCGAUCGCCCCUACAUAUUCUACCAGCUCGACAUCUUUCUUGACCGUCGAGACUGCCGCGAUGACUCUCAAGGGCUUCACCACCUUCCUGCUGUCUACUGACAACUCGGCAUUUGUGGACCAACACGGGAAGAUCUAUCACGACAUGACGCGCCCCCUACCUGAGUACUAUGUCUCGUCCUCUCACAACACGUAUUUAGUAGGGCAUCAACUUGUCGGAGAGAGCACCAUCGAGGGCUACAUUCGAGCACUCUUGCACAGCUGUAGGAGCGUUGAACUUGAUAUCUAUGACGGAGACGUCGAACCAGUGAUCUAUCACGGCAGGACGCUUACCACUAAGGUUGCUCUACGCGAUACGUGUGCUGCUAUUAACAAGUAUGCGUUCGUCUCGUCUCCCUACCCGAUCGUCAUCUCCGCCGAGAUACAUUGUUCCUUGCACCAGCAAGACAUGAUCGCCAGCAUCAUGCGCAAGGAGUUUGGGGAUGCACUCAUUAAUGCUCCUAUUGACGGACGACCGCGGGUUGAUGUGCUGCCGAGCCCAGAAGACCUGAAGGGUCGGGUGCUGCUCAAGGCGAAGAAUCUGUAUGUCUCCGAAAGCGACGCGUUGCAAGAGAAAGAGGUGGUCGUGGAUACCGAAUCCUCAUCUACAGACACCUCUGCUUCCGACAUGGACCCAGGGGAUGAACUCAAGCAAGGACGGCGAACGGCACGAGAGAAUGAGGCGGACGUCAUCAAAGACCUGAAGUCCGAGUUCCGCAAGGCGCGCAACGUCCUAGGCCGCGUGCGGUCACCUCGCCGGGAACUGACUCGAGCGCUGUCUCUCUCGCCACAGGGUGAUGUCCUCGACAUGUCCAUGCCCCGCCAGCCGGCGCAGAAGGUGAAGAUGUCAUUCGCGCUCGUUGCAUUGCUGGUGUACACCGUCGGCGUGAAGUGUCGCGGGCUGAAUAAGAAGGAGAUCUACGCGCCGGAGCACAUGUUCUCGCUGUCAGAGAAGACGGCGAACCGGAUGAUGCGCCAGGGCAUGAUGGACCUGAUCAAACACAACCGCACGCAUCUUGUGAGGAUCUAUCCUAAGGGCACGCGGAUUGGCUCGACGAACUUUGAGCCGCAUCGGUACUGGUCUGCUGGUGCGCAGUUGGUAGCGAUCAACUGGCAGACUUUUGAUUUGGGAUAUAUGAUCAAUCGUGCGAUGUUCCAGCGCAACGGUCGUGCGGGAUACGUGUUGAAACCUCUGGCCUUGCGAAAUGCGGACAAGCAACUACUGAGCAAGCGAACGAACUAUUCUCUUGAAGUCACGAUCAUUUCUGCACAACAGCUCCCGCGACAGAAAGACAGUUUGGGUCGGGAGAUCGUGGACCGGUCCACCCUCGAUCCGUUUGUGGAGGUAUCAGUGCACGUCCCCGACUGGACACACGCCCCCUAUCAGUCUCAAGGCUCUGCUGCCUCUCGGCCCCAAUCUCCCUCGCGCGACGUGCCGUCUUCCGCAUCUGCGAGCACCUCGCAGCCUGCAGCGAUCUCCGCACGGACGGUCACCUGCCGCACAGGCGUGAUCAGGAACAACGGGUUCAAUCCUGUCUGGGAGCAGCACCUCAGUCUGCCGUUCGACCUCGUUGGCGAUAUGCGCGAUUUGGUAUUCGUACGGUUUGCGGUGAUGCAUGAUGGUGCGCUAGAGGACGAGCCACUUGCGGUGUAUUGCGCCAGCUUGGGGAGCCUCAAUAUGGGAUAUCGCCACCUUCCGCUUCACGAUGCCCAGCUGUCGCAAUAUCUGUUCUCUACGCUCUUCGUCAGACUUGAGAUCCGCGAUCGUUGA